AUGCUUUCUGAGACAGUCUAUGGGAGAUUUGAAAAUGUCCUUGAAACACUUUCUGACUUAGAAGGUGCUAGAAGGCUGGUUGGACGGGAGAUGGAGUCUCGGAAUUAUGCAUCUCUGGACUGCUUGAAUUCCUCCAAGGAGAUUGACGGCAAGUAUAGAGACUGGAUUAACCAUGCUUGCGAGCUCCAUCGGGCCUGUGUCGCAGCGGAACCAACUUCAGAAGACCAGCAAGUCUUGAAGGACAUCGAAUUAGCUGUUGCUGGGCGUCAAUCGACUACCAGCAGCAGAUUUUCACUAAUCAGUUGGAGAAAUCCUUGGAAGCAGCGAAUGAGGCAUUCAAAAGAGCUUCUGAUGGGUUCCCCAAGGAGUGAUUGGGAUAUCGUUGGUCGGCAGGUUGUCGAAAAGCUGGCAGACAGCUUGGCCACCGCUCUGAACCAAGCCAUGCCUACUCCAAGCGCAAGUAAGCCCAAGGAUGCAGAUGAUCCUGCCUACAGCCAGGUCAUGCGUGACUUGAUCUACUGGGAGCUACUCAGCACUGCAUUUGUUGGCACCACCGAUGGUAUUGCUUGGGACAGGGCUGGCCAGGCUGCGACUUUCGCAGCGAAGAUGCUUGCCCAUUCGCAAAAGUCUUUUGGCGCUCUUGCAUCUGGUUCAGAGUCUAGUCAACAGUACAAGUCUUUCUUGGGGUCAAUUGCGAAUGGGGUACGUCUCCCUAACCAAAGCACUGUGCCAAGCCAGCGCGGUACUAUGGAUAUUGAAACAGUACAGGUUCAAGCCAAGACCGCCCAAGCCCAGGCAGUCGUCGAAUCCGCCAAGACAAGGCUACACGCAGCGUCUGAAGCACUGGCUGCCACCCGAGAGACCUACCAAAACUCCACUGGAAUUCUGGUUGAGCAGCAAGAAAGACUGGAUCAUGUCAACGCCAAGAUGGAGAGUCUCAAGAACUCUGCCCCGGAAAUGAACGCGAUCAUGGGAAUCCUGGUCCAGGCGAUUGCGACGAUGUUGAAGAUCAAGACCGAGAUUGUGAACCUCGUGCGAUUCUUCAACGCCAUCUCGGUCGCCGUUCGAUUUGUCAUGGAAAAAUAUGUCAACCCAUAUGUUGAUACCAUCAAGGCCGGCAAUGAUGGGGACAAAAUUGGGCCGUAUUCCAUGCUGGACUUCCAACGAAGUUUAAUGUAUCUUCAACAGCACUACCAUCAUCCGAUCCUACUUCUCGACCUUUGCCGACUAUGCUUCAAUGUGGGUCCGGAUGUCGCCAAUGAGUAUUUUCCCAAUGCUGCGUAUAGUCGAAGAACUCUCAUCUUUUGGUGGCAUGGGGAUGGAUCCGAGAAUGAUCAGAAAGCGAAAGAUGGACAAUCGAAGACCAUAAGGAACAUGGGCACCAGGGUGUCUGAGACCAAUGAGAAGAAGCAGACGCUACCUUCUGUCUCCCCUGAGAUUGCCGCGGCCAUAUCUUCUGUCGUUGAGAACUCUAAGAGAGGUGCUCAGUAG